AUUAUUAAACAUUGUGCCGCCCUCGUAUUUACGAAAUUUAUUGCAACCUUUGAACUUCCGGGUUUUCGUAGUGGCUGAUGGGAUAUGUAGGGUCAGAGGUCAGUCUCCACGCUGACACAUUUGGAAUCUCGUGCGGCCCGAAGGCGCGCCGGCGAUCAAGGGACCUCCCGUCUCUGUUUGUCCCCAUUGUUUGAUCUCAGCAAACGUCACAAGUAUGGCUAACAUGUAACCCACGUGAGGACUGAGUCCGAUGUCCGACGAUCUACACCGUUACCCGCAGCGCUUGGAGCAUCGUACAAACGCGGUGAAUUCUUCGGGGAUCAAACGCGUGUGAGCCGCGUCACAGCAGCGCGUGACACGUACCGCCCUCGAAGGGCAACGCAACAAAAAACAGUCUACUGACCCGGGGCGCCUUUUUUCUUUGUAAACUGAUACGUAGGAAAAUUCCUAUUCGUCAUCGAGUAAAGAGACCAGCCUUAUAUACAUUUCCGGAUGUUUCCACGUGUACUAGAUCUUUUGUAACAGCGUGAAAAGGGAAGCCAUACGUGAAAGGAACACAUCCUGAAGGCGCGUUCUUCUCGAUCCCCUCUCUGAGACAUUUUGACAGAUGUGGUCCAUGUAGGUCACCCCUAAAGUGAUCGUAACGAGAAGCUGAUACUUUGAAGCUACUGGAAUUUCCGCGGCUGGAAAACUGAUCCGUGAAAGUGCCGGGAAUGGCGCUGGACUUCGUUGCCGGUUGUCUCGGAGGUGCUGCUGGUGUACUGGUGGGACAUCCCUUUGAUACUGUAAAAGUUCGUCUACAGACACAGCCGGCCAACCAUCGCCUCUACAGAGGCACCUUCCACUGCUUUGCUGAGAUUAUCAGAAAGGAGUCGGCAUUCGGCUUGUACAAGGGCAUGACCUCGCCUCUCAUAGGUCUGACCUUCAUCAAUGCCAUUGUGUUUGGAGUCCAGGGAAACGUGAUGCGUGUGAUCGGGGAGGGAAGCGUACUGAACAGUUUUCUGGCGGGCAGUGCGGCGGGAGCCGUCCAGACACUGGUGUGCUCGCCCAUGGAGCUGGCCAAGACCCGCAUGCAGCUCAUGGGCAUGGGGCAGAAAGCCAAGACGAGGAAAGAAAAGGAUGUGAAGAAUUCUCUGGACUGUCUGUUGAAGAUCUACAGGAAGGAGGGGCUGAGAGGCUGUUGUAGAGGAAUGACCCUUACCCUGUGGAGGGAAACCCCUGCUUUUGGGGUAUACUUUGCUACAUAUGACAUGAUCUGCCAAUUGCUAUCUCCGAAGGACCCCAACGAACACAUCGGGAUGCUUGCGCUCAUGUUCGCGGGAGGAAUGAGCGGGAUUGCCUCGUGGAUAUCCACGUAUCCAAUCGAUGUCAUCAAGUCUCGUGUCCAGGCAGACGGUGUGGGGGGCAAGAGCAUGUACAAGGGAACGCUAGACUGCUUUGUUCGCAGCUACCAGGCAGAAGGCUGGACGGUUUACACGAGAGGGCUGAACUCAACGCUGAUCCGGGCUUUCCCUGUGAACGCCGCCACCUUCACCGUAGUCACACUGUUCCUGAGAGAGAUGAGGCCGUCGCAGCCUGUGGACACCACGCUGUCCAAGCCCCAUCUGUACGAGAAGUAAACAAUAGGGGACUUUGUAGUGCCUGGCUGCGUGAAUGUGUCUUUGGCUGAGGUUUGAACUUUUAAUCGCAUUCAGCUGCUAACAGCUUUUCUGGAGCUAAACUGUGUGGGUUUUCCUUCUCCCCUUUGCAUGGUAGUUACAUUCAUGUCAUGUUUCUUGUACAGGUUCAGAGUGUAAAAACAACCCUACUUUCUCAUUUCAUAUAUGCACGUAUCUGUUUGUUUGUAUCUAGCUGGUGAUGGUUUGUGAUGCAGUAUAGGCAAUGCUUGUGAUAGAUCCAAGUUAUUUGUCUCACCACUGCAUGUCAUUUGGCUUGAAAUAUCUACAUUGUUUGCCAUAUUAAAUGUAGUGUGUAGAAAUUAUCAAGAAAGAGUCCUCAGUCCUAACAACAAAUAGUUGCAUAUCUGUUAUACUUCAUUAGGGCCAUACAAUCCUGGUACUUGAUAUGUACCUCCUUACAUUAUUAUAAAUGAAAUUUCCUUUUUCAAUAUCUGUUUAUGUUAUGAAAAGACAGAAAAGAUCAGCUACACAUGGUUUUGCUUGUAAACAAAAAGCAUUUUUUUUUAAGUCAAGAUUCAAGGUGCCACAUUAUAGAGGGGCACAGGACUUCAAGAUACUGGUAUUGGUAAAUGUUUUGCCUAACUUCUCUAUGGCUUAAGAAAAAUUUGUGAACCAAAUAACUGAGAUUAUGUGACCUCAAUGAAGAGCUUUCUGGGCAGGUAAAUUUCUUGCCUUUAGAACUAUAUCUUCACACUGUGACAGCAACAUUACCUGUACUUUAUGUAUUGUCUGGGUGCAAAUAAUGGUAUACAAGGUUCAAACUACAAGAAAAUGUUGCAUAAAGGCCAGGCAUUUGGGGCAAGUAUUAUGUGUUAUGGUGAACCUGUUGCUUUGUAACACUCUUACAUGUAUAGCAGGGCUGAAAAUACCCACCUGCAGUUUGCAGCAAAGUUCUGAAGACUACAGAACAACUAGCAAUUUGGCAAGCUAGAAGACUACUGGCUCAAUAGCACACAAAAAUGUAUGAAUCACAAAGUGCAGGAAACAGUUUUUGGUAUUUCGAGCCCUAUAUGUUGUCAUAAACAUCAAUGAUAGCAAUGCUGCAGAUUGGCCAAUCAUGUGCAAGUUUGCAUGUGAGAAUAGGAAAUUCAAGAAUAGGAUCACCAUGCUUGUUUUCCUUUCAGUGAGUCUUGACUGUGUACCAUGUCUACCGAACAGUGUGUCCACUAGAACUGUACCAGACUGAUGCCAUUGCCUUACAAAACAAACUUGUAUCCAGUGACCAGACAAGUGUUGUUUUUUUGUCCACUAUAUUUUGGGAAUAGACCUGACAUUGUGACAUUUCCAUUUGCCAUUUGUAAUAUUUUGUGCAUUGUCAGCAAAAGUGUAGGAAACAAAUUCACAUUACAAUGUAUGGUUCUUAGGAAUUAGCAAAUAUUUCCUCUAUGUUCAUGUAUUCUAUGUUUGCCAGGCCAGCAAAAUACUGAAUGUUUUGCUGGGAGUCAUGUGUACAAAGCCAAGACAUUAGAGCAAUUUUAUUAAGUUGUUCAUUCAGUCAAUGUGUGGCACGAAAGAAUGCCAUUGAAAGAUUUGUGCAUGUUACCUCAAUAUUGUUCUGUCAUAAAAUUCUCUCUCUGACAUGAAUUUCGCUCCUUAAAUGCUUCCAUGACAUUACUGAUCAAAUUAUCAGUAUUUUGGAUUUGGCAGUCUUCAUCAUCAGAACAUAAAACAGAUCAAAACAGGAAAUACAAUUUUGUUUAGUGGCAUAAUA